CUUUCCCCUAUUGGAAACGAGCCCUCCAUGUUUCUCUCUCUUAUCUCCAUUUUCUACGUCAAAUCCCUCUCUCUCUCUCUCUCGCACAGGAUCAACGAAUCGCCGUCCGGUACUCCGCCGUCGCCUCCUCCUCUGAUUCUUCCGGUUUCGAAGCUUCAAUUAAACACGGUUCCGAUACCCUAAUCAAUGAUUUUUUCGGUUUCGGAGGCUCUCUUUGUUGAUUUUAUUCGUUUCUUCUGCUAAUUAGGAGUUCCACCUAAAUUGCUCCUCUAGGGUUUGGAGGAUUAGCCAAUAUUUGCCAUUGCAUUUCGGACCGAACAACAAGUUGAGAGGGUAGGGUUCUUUCCAUCACUUGUUAAAGGAUUUGGGAAAUUCUUUAAUUAAUUCGCGUUGGGAACUUGAGAUCGAUUGUGUUCAAGACUGGGGAAUAGAGGUUGCAAUAAGGAGGAUAAUGUGUAUACUUUGUGUGAUCCAGAAGUGGUCCCGGAGGAUUGCUACCAUGUUGCCGUGGCUAGUAAUUCCACUUAUUGGGCUGUGGGCUCUGUCGCAGCUAUUGCCCCCUGCGUUCCGGUUUGAAAUCACGUCUCCAAGGCUUGCUUGUGUCCUCGUUCUGUUGGUAACCUUGUUCUGGUACGAGGUUUUGAUGCCUCAACUGUCAGCAUGGCGGAUCAGGAGGAAUGCUAGGCUUAGGGAGAAGAAGAGGUCUGAGGCUAUUGAAAUGCAGAAAUUGAGGAAGACUGCUACCAGGAGAUGUAGGAAUUGUUUGACUGCAUAUAGGGAUCAGAAUCCUGGCGGGGGUAAGUUCAUGUGCUCCUACUGUGGCCAUAUCUCGAAGAGGCCAGUCUUAGAUUUGCCUGUGCCACCUGGGAUGAGUAACGCCGGGAUUUUGAAGGAUAUUGUUGGGAAGGGUGGGAAAAUAUUAAACGGGAAGGCUUGGUCGGAUAAUGGGUGGUUGUGUGGGCAGGACUGGCUGGAGAAUGGGAAUUGGGGUAGUGGGGCUUUUGCUGGGAAGUCGAGCUACAUAAAGAAAAAUGGUGGUGUCUUAUUUGGUGGGGAUGAUGACCAUUGUUUGGCGGAAAAAUCCUAUUCUCGUGUUUUUAUUUUUGCUUGCAAGGCAUUAACAGCAAUGUUCUUUUCUGUUGCAUGGCUUUGGAGAAAGAUUUUUAGAUUUAGUUCUUCCAGAGAUGAUGCUUCAGUUGAUACAGAAAGCAGAGGAAUGUUGGAUAACCGAGGUGAAAAUGGUGGACAUGGUCAAGAAAGUAGGGGGGAGAAAGCUCGUAGAAAAGCUGAGGAGAAAAGGCAGGCUAGACUAGAGAGGGAGCUACUGGAAGAAGAAGAAAGAAAGCAGAGAGAAGAGGUUGCUAGGUUGGUUGAAGAACGUAGGAGAUUGAGAGAUGAGAAAACAGAAGCUGAAAAAGAGCGUGGUAAAGGAUCUCAGCAAGCUAAGGAAAGGGACUGCAAGAAGGAUUCUGAAAGAAAGAGGCAAGAGAGAAAGAAAGAAAAAGAUAGGGGGUCAAGUAAAAGCAACUCUGAUGCUGAGGAAUUGGAAAAGAGAUCUACCAAGGAGAGUGAGCGAAGCAAGAAAAGUGAAAAUGAUAAGCGGGAAAGCAGAAGUACGCCUGAAAGUAUGAAAUCUCCAGAAGGUGGAUAUGGACUUAAGGGUGCUACAGUAAGUAAUCAUAACAGGGGGAAUGCUGGAACUAGAUACUUGGAUCGCAUGAGGGGCACCUUUCUGUCCUCUUCCAGAGCAUUUGCUGGAGGUAGUUUUUUUGGAAAGGGUGUUAAUGCAUCUACUAUUUCAAGGGAACUGAAGCCUAACACAAUGAUAGAAAAUGCUAAAACUUCUACACACAAGAAAGAUAUACUGCUGACUGACCGGGCUUCAGGGAGAUCAGCCACAACUGGAGAUGAUAAAAGUGCCAGCCGUCCUGUGCUCAUUGAUGCUCAACAAUGUACAGCACCUAAAAAGUCAUGGCAACAACUAUUUACUCGUUCAUCUACCAUUUCCCCACCAUCUAGUUCAAAUGUCAUCAGCAGACCAACAGGAAAGAGUAAAACAGAAGUUCAAAGUCCACCGUUUUCCGGUCAGCUGACCUCUACACAAUCGUUUAACAAUCCAAUCAAUAUCGGAUUGUCAUCACCAUUUAGCUUACCUUCAUUUUCUUUAGGAUCCAGCACUAGCAAUAUAACUCUUCCAAUAUCCUCCGAACCCUUGCUUCCUAUAAUGAAAGGUGCACCACAUGAAUUUUUACCGGAGUCUGAGAUUUUUGAUGACCCCUGUUAUACUCCAGAUCACGGUUAUGUCCCAGAUCCCAUAUCCUUGCUUGGACCUGUUUCUGAAUCACUUGAAAACUUUCAGCUGGACCUAGGCUUUGUGGCAGAUACUGAAAUGAGAAAACCAUCUUCUGUGAGGACUAAUGUUACAACUUCCGAAGUUAACAAGCCAUCACCAAUUGAGUCUCCAUUGUCUCGAUCACGAGUUACAGACGAAAGGCAUGCCAGCUCUUUUCCUUUCCCUAGAACUCCUAAAGCUCAGGGUAAUCCUAAUAAUAUUAGUGACAGUGGAACAUGGCAAAUGUGGAACAGCUCUCCACUUGUACAAGAUAGUCUUGGUUUAGUUGGUGGGCCUAUUAGCUGGCUUCUGCAUCCAGAGAUGAACUUUCCAAGCAAGGAAGACAACAUUCAUCCUGUACCACAGAAGACAAUGGCUUCAUUGUUCAAGAAAGAUGAGCAAAACAUUUAUGGUGCUCACUCUUCUCAGAGUGUUCUAUAUGGAUGUCAGAAUGAUGGAGCUGCCACUACCGGUGCUCCAUGGUUUCCCAAAACUGUGUUUGGGCCAGCAUUAAGUCCUGAAAAUCAAAUUCUGCUGAAGCCUAAAGAAGAUGGUGUUCAGCAUGGCCUGAUUUAUGGAAAUGCUGAUGGCUCUACUACUAACAAUCAGUUUGAAGUCUCUGCUACUAAUUCGUGGUCCAAGAAAGAUUGGGCGGUGCAGGGGGGGUCUCGAGAUGGUAUUGGGAAUUCCCCAAUGAGCAGGCCUCACAUUGGAGGUCUUUACUCCCCUCCAGAUGUACAAUCGCUUUGGUCAUUUGAAUGAUUAGGUUCUAAUAGUCAAAGAAGGGAAAGUGGCAGAUUGUAGGGGGAGAGAGUUGAAUGAAAAUACAACAACAACAACAACUACUACUACUACUACUACCUGGUUUCCCUCUUUCCUUCUUGUAGUGAAAGAGGGAAGUCAGCGGCCUCUUUUUGAGUGGGGGGGAGUAUGUAAUGAAUACCGAACUGAACUGUAUCUUUUCUCUCUCUCUCUCUCUCUCCCUCUCCUUUUUCUGUUAUUUUCCUUUUCUAUAUAAGGGAGAUUUUAGUGGAGCAUGGUGGAGAACUAGUUACAAAUGCAUGCAUGCAUACUUGCUUUGUUGCCUUCCUGUGCCUGUGCCUGUGCCUGUGCCUGUGCCAGUGCCAGUGCCAGUGCCAGGUAGGGUAGGUAUAUGGUAUAUAUAUUUAAUGUUUAACAGCGGCAGCAGGCAGGCAGGCAGGCGGACGAGGAAGGGCUAGUACUUCUUACUAUUAGUAGCAGUAGUACAUUCCUCCUAUGUUUGAUCGGAGGUUGCAAUGGAAGCUCCAAGGGAGGGAGGUGGAGGAUGGAUAAUGAUUAGUGUUAUGCUUGUGCCUCUCCUCCCCUCCCUCUUGCUCUACUAAUUUAUUACUAUACUACUACUACUACUAUUACUACU